ACUGCACCUUCUUCAAUAAGAAGGACAUCCUCAAGCUGCAUUCACGAUUCUACGAGCUGGCCCCCAACCUCGUCCCAAUGGACUACAGGAAGAGCCCCAUCGUCCACGUGCCCAUGAGCCUCAUCAUCCAGAUGCCAGAGCUCCGGGAGAAUCCCUUCAAAGAAAGGAUCGUGGCGGCGUUUUCCGAGGAUGGUGAGGGGAACCUCACCUUCAACGACUUUGUGGACAUGUUUUCCGUGCUCUGCGAGUCGGCUCCCCGAGAGCUCAAGGCAAACUAUGCCUUCAAGAUCUAUGACUUCAACACUGACAACUUCAUCUGCAAAGAAGACCUGGAGCUGACGCUGGCCCGGCUCACUAAGUCAGAGCUGGAUGAGGAGGAGGUGGUGCUUGUGUGCGACAAGGUCAUUGAGGAGGCUGACCUGGAUGGUGAUGGCAAGCUGGGCUUUGCUGACUUCGAGGACAUGAUUGCCAAGGCCCCUGACUUCCUCAGCACUUUCCACAUCCGGAUCUGAGGACACUGCCGAGGCUGCAGGGGCCUGGAAGUCCACCGUCCUGCCCUGCGGUCACAUGGGUAUGGCCUCCAAGCUCCCCAGGAAAGCAGUGGCAGCCUCUGGGGUUCACACCACGAAUAUUUCCUGUGGCCCUUUCAGCAAAAAACAGCCUUAACCAGGAAGGGGGCAUGUGAGGGUUAGGACCCUUCCCACAGCCCCUCUGUGGUCCAGCCCGAGGACCCGUGGCCCCUCUCCAGGCCCUCUGCACCCCGCCCCAUGCCCCAGUCCUCUCCCACUCCAGAAAUGCUCCCCACCCCCCAAAGGGAAAGGCAGAUAACCCAACAGGAGGUGGUGGGGUCUGACAUGUCCAAGUGCUGGCAGACACACUGGUCACCCAGGACAGAAUGGAAAAAAAAAAAAAAAAAAAAGAGGUCAGGGUUUUAACGAGCUAUGCAAUCUUUUUCCAAAACCCAAGGUUGGGCUGCUCCUCACCCCUGCCUGUUCCUCUUCUCCUGGCCUCCUUCACAAUGUGAAGCUGUGGGCACAGUGGGCCGAAGGGCUCUUGCCCCUGUCUCUGCCUCUGGGUCAUGAGUACUACCCUGCCUGCCCUCCCCAACACCAUGGAAUCCUCACUGGUAUGUGCUGUCCACAGAUGUGUGAACUCCUGGUAGUAAAACACUUUUGCAUCCCUGUGCUCUCCAUGUCUGCUAAUGUUAGGAAAUGUUUGAGGG